AAAGGCAACAGAGCUGCGGACCCAGUGACAAGGUGCAGUCUCUAUGCUCUGACACAGCUCCAAGCAAAAACAGUGACCCGUGAAAGUUCACCGCGCACGGAUCAGUGCAGGGGUAGACAGGUCACCGCGCAUGCAAGGUGCAAUGUUUGUGUACUAGCCGGGGAGUUCAAUACGUUGAUUAGUGUAAACCACGUUUUUGGAAAUGUCACGGCGAAAACAGUCCAACCCAAAGCCGAUAAAACGGUUAUCAGAAAAUGAUGACAGUGACUCGACGAUGGAAAAAGAAUUAUCGGUUGACGAAAAUGGCGAGAAUAAAAUAACUGACAACUCAAAUGACUCUGAGGACGUUGAUACAGACCCACAUGAACCGGAAGAGGGUUCAAGCUUAGAGGAGUCGAAAGUACAAAACCAUAAAGAACUAACAGACAUCACUGUAAAAAGUGAAGCAUCAGAGAGCGAAAUGAUUCUGGAAAGUUGUAACACAGAUUUGAAAAGAGUCAGCGUGCCAAACAAUAUCUUAUUUGUAAAGAGACUUGACGAAGAGGAUGCUAACAUCGCGGGUCGAUCCUGUCUGCUGUUUAGUGCUAUUCCGUUACCAUCCGGAAGUUGUAUCGGACCUUUCAAAGGUGAAAUUGUCUCCCUUAGUUCCAUUAAACAAGGGGACUUGGUCCUGCAGGCCCAAGAGAAAGAAGGGGAAGCUGGUUUUGUUAGGGUUUUGUGUGAAAAUGGAUCGUGGCUGUCCCUGCUUCGCCCCGCCCCCAGUGAAUCCGCCAAAAACGCUUCAGUGUAUUUUGAAGACGGGAAAAUCUGGUGUGAAAUUGUGAGUGACUUGAAUCCAGGAACAGAAUUGUUAGCAUCUUUUACAAUUAACUCAAACAACGUACCGGAAGGUGACGUCACUGAUCCCGAAACGCAGACGACAGAUGAGGCAAUGGAGACGACCCACAUGCAGAGAGUGGAUGCUCCUCAACCCAAGAGUUCUCCAGCACCGGCUCCCGACAAACCGGUUCCUUCGCAUGCGGCGUUGUUGUACGGUUGCCAGUUUUGUGGAGUUCGCUUCAGCAGCUUGAGGACUCUCCAAGGUCACUUGACCUUCUACUGUUCCAAGAAACCACAACUUCCGGAUGCCGCAGAAAGUGACAAGCUAACAUCAGGGAUUCGAACAGGAAAGAAGAGGACUCUGUCAGAGCGAUCUCAGAGUCCAGAGUCCAAGUUGUCCGCGCCCAGCCCUGCUAAAUCUGACGCCUCGUCUGGAUCUGAUACUAUCUCGGCUAAAGUGCCAAAGUCAGAAAUAUUCAAGUGUGACAUGUGCUCAUAUUCUAUUGAUAAGCUUUCCAGUCUAAACCGCCAUAAACGGAUCCACAAUAGAGGUGAUAAUUCGAUAAUGGAACCCCAACACAUUGCAGCAAAGGAAGACACUUAUUGCAAAGAUUGCAACAUCCAGUUUUCCUCCUUUAGUACGUUUAAAUGCCACAAAGAAGUUUACUGCUCAAAGCGAUUACUGAGUGCUAAUUCCCCCUCCCCUGGAGUAUUGAGUCCCAGCAGUGACUCCGGCAGACUUAUCUUGUCUCCGUCAACUCUGCAGCAGGCUAUGUUGAGUGCAAAUCCCAAAUCCAGUGCAGGACAACCUCGAGUUAUUCUUGCACCACCGAUCCUUGUAUCAUCCAAGGAAUCUUCUGAUAUAAACUGCAGUUACCCCACAGUUAUUGUGCAACCCGUACUUCCGACAUUGACAGAACCCCAAACAUCAUUGAAGGAGAUUACGGAAUAUCGUGUUUCUCCUGCGAAGAGUCUGCCUGAUAUGCCUCUGGAUUUAAGCACCCCUAAAUCAGAUACAUCCAAAACUUCCACAUUGAUUGGUCCAAAAGCCAAGGAAGAAAUCGAUGAGGAACAAACCGAGGAGUUGGAUCUCUCUGUUAAAAUCAAAGAGGAAAGAUUUAGUCCUAAGUCGUCUGCAUCUUUGUCGCCGCCCUCCCGACAGAUCACGACACCGAAAUCUUCAUCCAGCUCUCCACACAGCCAAAAGAGCGAAGAGCAUUCCAUCUCGGAGUUACCUCGAUUGAUGGCGUCCCCCAUUCCACCCCUCAUUACAGUCCCCCAGCUCUCCUUUAUGGGAAAACCAGUCCCUUCCUUACCUCACUCCGUUAGCAAGUGUGUGGACUGCAACAUCGUCUUCUACAAACGAGAAAAUUACUUAAUACAUAAAAAACAUUACUGUUCUAGUCGACAAAAUAAGUCUCCGUCUGAAGAAGAUGACGGGAGCCCGGAUCUAAUGGCAAGACGACAAGCUCAUAAUGCACAUGUCGUUGCAACGCCCGAUCGAACAAAUUCUUCUGAAAGUUCAGAGAAAUCUCCCCAAGUAAAAACAGACAUAAAGGAAUCGUCAGCCCCUGGUCAAAACGAACAUUCUCCCGAAAUGGACAAAUCGAGCCCCUCCAAAUCACAAGAGGUGGAAGGUAUCAUCUAUCGAUUUUACUGUGUUCCUUGCAAAAUAAAGUUUAGCUCUGCUAGUACUUUGCAGGCGCACAAGGAAUUCUAUUGUCCACAUGGAAAAGAGAGUGAACACACAGUUUUGGGAAAGAAUAAAAUGGAAGGAAAAUCUUCUCCAAAAUUAGAUGAAGAGAACAUAAAAUGUACUAGAUGUGACACAGUGUUCCCUUCUUCGAGACACCUAAAACUGCACUUCUGUACUGGAGUUUCUAGUCAAAUGCCAAUAUUCCGAUGUAUCUACUGCGAUUUUGUCACCCAAACCGAAACUAGACUCUCAGAACAUGUGAAGGCACAUAUGCCAAACAAAGCUUACCGCUGUACUUUAUGUGGGUAUCGCGGAAAUACAGUUCGUGGAAUGAGAAUGCAUGGCAAGGUUCACUUGGAUAGCGGUGAAAACUUUACCGACGAUCACAUGAUAGAGAUAGAGGAACCGCCACUGAUGCCGGUUAAACUAGGAGAACACAUGUCCUCUGAAGCUGGGCCAAUCGAUGUCGAGGCAGAAUUGAUUCGUCUUAAAAAUGAGCCAUAUAAGAGAAGACGCUCUCGAAAGUCUUACGAAAAGGCAGAGCACGCCUCGUCUAUUCCCAGGAACAUUUCUAGUAUGUGCAUGUACUGUGGACAAAUUUUCACGGACUUAUCCAAUUUCGCUAUGCAUUUGAAACUUCACGAAAUGAUAGCGCUGCAAGCGGCAGGUGUUCAAAAUUACAAAUGUCAAUACUGUACAUCUAUUUGUGAAACUUUCGAAUCUUUAAUGGCACAUGUGUACAACAAACACCCCGAGAAAAUUCCCCGAGAGCAGUCUAGUCCCGAAUCGAAUUCUCGAUCGAGUCCAAGUACUUCGAAAUCUACAGAGAGGGAACGGAAAUCACCCUCUCCUCCGCAGCCACAUCAUGUAGUGAUAAAGUCUGAACCACCAUCUUAUACUGACGAAGAGUUGUGUAAAACCACGGAACAUGACUUGAUGCCCAUUAAAAGAGAAGCUGUAGAUGAUACCAGCGAGGAAAGCGGUAACACAGAAAACAUUCCGAAAGGAACUUUAUCCCCUUCCAAGAAGAUAAAAGAAGAGGCUGAAAGCGAAAGUUCGCGGUCACCAUUAGAGUCAUCCAGUGAAAACAAAGAUUUCUCUAAAAGUAUUUCUUCUUCUCCUCGAUCUCAGAAAUCUCCAAAUAGCCGAGAUUCCACUCCAAAAAUUAAAUCAGAAUGCUCGGAACCAACUGAAAAGAAGCCGACAUUGGUAAUUCCCCGUGUGGACCCCCAAAUGAUGCCAUACUAUCACGUGGUUCCCUCGUUCCACAUGAUCCCCAAUAUGAUGAAUCCAAUGACGUCACAAGUCGUCCAUUCACCCAAACGGACGGAUAAAUACUGUCACCAUUGUGAUAUAACGUUUACUUACAAGAAUUCGUACUUAGCUCAUAAAAAGUACUACUGUAGUGCAAACGUCUCGGAAGACAUCACUUCUCCUGCACAAGCAUAGAGAAAACAAUAUAACAUUCCAUUCAAAGAGCUGUAUUUGGUGCAAAAUCGUGAUGGACUGUUGAAUUGCUUCUUUUUUUUAUAUUUUGAACGAGUGGUGAGCUUUAGCCGCGAUGGAGAUAUUUUAUUUUGAUGUUUUCAUAAUUUGAAUUGGUGCUUAAACCAAAUUGACUUUAUUUUUAUUAGUUGAUUCAAAUUAAUUUUGUUGAAACGUUCUUUCAGUUUGUUUAUAAAUUAUUCAUUGUUAUAUAUAUUACAUGUGUUCAUAUUUAAUCCGUUUUUAAGUGGAAAAAUAAAACAUAGUUUGUCUUGAA